AUGGUUAAGAACAGGGACGGAGACGAGGUGGAGAUACCGCCCAAGGACGAGGAGGAGAUGAUGUUGGAGAAAUUGGUGUUUGGAGACAUUGAGGGGCUCCAGAACAGGUUGAGGAAGAUCGAUAAUCUCUUUGAUUACAGUGAUGCUGAAGACGUUGGCGAGGGUCUCAGCGAGAGCGACGACGAGAGUGAGGACUUGGACGGCGUGCAGGACGAGGACUUGUUUUAUAUUGAUGAGGGAAACGCCGAUGUUUCUGGUGAAGAAAUGGACGUGGAUAGAGCAUCCAGCACCGAGGAUGAAGAUGGAGAUGAAGAUGGGGAGGAGGGUGAGGAUAAUGCGUGGGAGGAUAGCGAUGACGACAAGCUCAAUAUUUCACUUACGGCGUCGGAUAGGCUAAGGAAGUUGAGGAAAACGCCGCAGGAUACUCAGAUCUCGGGAAGAGCCUACGUCACGAGGCUACGUGGGCAAUUUGAAAAGAUAUAUCCACGGCCAGAAUGGGCAGAUCGUUUUGAUGAGCCACGAGGGGAAGAUGCAGAUAGUUCCGAUGACGAUAUUAUGAUAGGUGGAGAGGAAGACGAAGAGGACGGGUCAGGAGCUACUCCCGCUUCACUCUCGCGUCUCCUUUCAACAACGCACCAAUUCCUCACCACGAAACAACUCAAACUCAUCUCACCAACACGCAUUUCCAUCACGCGGUUGAAAGAUGCAACCUACCAGAAAUUGUCCAAAGCCGCCAUCCAGGCCAUUUCAUUCCAUCCAACGCACUCGAUUCUCCUCACUGCCGGGUUCGACAAGACGAUACGACUCUACCAAAUCGACGGCAAGACCAACAAUUUCAUGACCUCGUACUUCUUGCGCAACUGCCCCAUCAUGGCGUGCCAGUUCUUGCCGCAGCCGGACCAAAACAUGAUCUAUGCUGCCGGAAGGAGGAAAUACAUGAAUAAAAUCAAUUUGAACACGGGAGAAGUUGAGAAGAUUAGUCGUAUGUACGGACAUGAGCAGCAGCAGAAGUCGUUUGAGAGCUUCAAAAUCAGCAGCGGGGGCAAGUUCAUCGGCAUGGUUGGUAAUUCGGGGUGGUUCAACUUGGUCAAUGCUGCUACGGGGCAGUGGAUCAAAGGUUUCAAGAUUGAAGGCACUGUUGUGGACUUUGAUUUUGCUUACGAUGAGAGCUUUGUCGCGGUGGUGAACUCAGCGGGCGACGUUUGGGAGUUUGAGCUCUUGGGCAAGUUGAGCUCGAAAAGCGAAAACAAGACUAUACGCAAGUGGUCCGAUGACGGCGGCGUGGGGAUCACCAGGAUAAAGUUGGGAGGCUGGAACAGCAGCAGGUGGGUCGCUAUCGGGUCGAAUAACGGGAUCGUGAACUUGUACGACCGAUCGACAUUUACCCUGGACAAAAUACUGCCCAAGCCCUUCAAGACGGUGGAGAAUUUGGUCACCUCCAUCUCCUCGCUUGUCUUCAACGCCGAUGGCCAGCUACUUGCCAUUGCCUCGAGGGGCAAGCGCGAUGCGUUCAAGUUGGUGCAUCUUCCCUCGGGGUCGGUGUAUAGCAACUGGCCCACUAGCGGAACGCCGUUGGGCAAAGUCACCAGCGUUGCCUUUUCGCCAAAUAACGAAAUUUUGGCGGUCGGGAACGAGGCCGGUAAGGUGACGCUCUGGAGAUUGAACCAUUACUAG